CCUAGUACUGCUGGAAAUUCACAUACGCAGCUGCUGCAGCAGUAGUUUCAUCCGUAGCAGACAUACAAUACCCUUCUCGUACAUUCAUCGGACUCUCAUCCUGCACUCAUUGCGGUGGACGAAGUGUGAGCUUUAGUUUCUCGCCAUCUUCUGCUCGCCCCCCUAACCUUCGAAAGUGCACUGUUGUUUCUAUUGAUUACGACCAGCAAGGAUCGCCUGGAGCGGCGCCUAUCGUUUUAUAUGACUUUAGAAAGCGUACAAGAAACACCAGCACUCAAAGAGGCACCGCUUUCUCCCAUAUUAAGGAGUUUCAGUGGUACGACGUGCAUGAUUUCGCAUAGAAGCAGUAAAAGUCAUAGGACUUCAAAAUAUUCUAGCAAUAGACACCGGAAAUUACAGCCGUUCAGGGAAACGUGAAAACUCUACCCCACCCCAAAAUACACUAGGCAUCUCUGUAAAUUUUUAAUUUAAAAAUCGUGUUAUAAGCAUCCAUUUGUACUAAUCUUGCGCCUAAACAAAACA